AUGGAAGGAGAUCCACCAGGAGUGCUACCCAUUAGUGUCCAGCCAACUGACGAAAGAUUGGGACUGGACACUGCUCCAGAAGAAAUGAUGGAGAUUGAAGGAGAUACACCAGAAGUACAACCCAUUAGUGUCCAACCCACUGACGAAAGAUUGGGACUGGACACUGCUCCAGAAGAAAUGAUGGAGAUUGAAGGAGAUACACCAGAAGUACAACCCAUUAGUGUCCAACCCACUGACGAAAGAUUGGGACUGGACACUGCUCCAGAAGAAAUGAUGGAGAUUGAUGGAGAUACACAAGAAGUGCUACCCAUUAGUGUCCAACCCACUGACGAAAGAUUGGGACUGGACACUGCUCCAGAAGAAAUGAUGGAGAUUGAAAUAGAUACACCAGAAGUGCUUCCCAUGGGUGUUCAACCCACUGAUGAAAUAUUGGAACUGGACACUGAUCCAGAAACCCCGGGGUCAGACAGACCUGAUGAAGAAAUGAUGGAGAUUGAAGGAGAUACACCAGAAGUACAACCCAUUAGUGUCCAACCCACUGACGAAAGAUUGGGACUGGACACUGCUCCAGAAGAAAUGAUGGAGAUUGAAGGAGAUACACCAGAAGUACAACCCAUUAGUGUCCAACCCACUGACGAAAGAUUGGGACUGGACACUGCUCCAGAAGAAAUGAUGGAGAUUGAUGGAGAUACACAAGAAGUGCUACCCAUUAGUGUCCAACCCACUGACGAAAGAUUGGGACUGGACACUGCUCCAGAAGAAAUGAUGGAGAUUGAUGGAGAUACACAAGAAGUGCUACCCAUUAGUGUCCAACCCACUGACGAAAGAUUGGGACUGGACACUGCUCCAGAAGAAAUGAUGGAGACUGAUGGAGAUACACAAGAAGUGCUACCCAUUAGUGUCCAACCCACUGACGAAAGAUUGGGACUGGACACUGCUCCAGAAGAAAUGAUGGAGACUGAAGGAGAUACACCAGAAGUACAACCCAUUAGUGUCCAACCCACUGACGAAAGAUUGGGACUGGACACUGCUCCAGAAGAAAUGAUGGAGAUUGAUGGAGAUACACAAGAAGUGCUACCCAUUAGUGUCCAACCCACUGACGAAAGAUUGGGACUGGACACUGCUCCAGAAGAAAUGAUGGAGACUGAUGGAGAUACACAAGAAGUGCUACCCAUUAGUGUCCAACCCACUGACGAAAGAUUGGGACUGGACACUGCUCCAGAAGAAAUGAUGGAGACUGAAGGAGAUACACCAGAAGUACAACCCAUUAGUGUCCAACCCACUGACGAAAGAUUGGGACUGGACACUGCUCCAGAAGAAAUGAUGGAGAUUGAUGGAGAUACACAAGAAGUGCUACCCAUUAGUGUCCAACCCACUGACGAAAGAUUGGGACUGGACACUGCUCCAGAAGAAAUGAUGGAGACUGAAGGAGAUACACCAGAAGUACUACCCAUGGGUGUCGAACCAACCGAUGAGAGAUUGGGACUGGACACUGCUCCAGAAAUUCCAGGGUCGGACAGACCGGAUGAAGAAAUGAUGGAGAUUGGAUAA